AGUUACACGCUCCAUGAGGUGCUCACUAAUACCGUAGGGUGCAAAACGUGUGAAAUAUCCGGAUUAAACUCUGUGUAAAUGUCAUUGUAGAGGUGAGACUUGCUCCGCGAGAUUAUGGAUUUAACUGUACACACGCGAUGGUGUGGGCACGCGUUUGUGCGUUUAUUGCGCCCUCGCAGUCUUGAAUUUGUCCCGCGGAUUUAGCAGGCACCGCAACAACAGUGCACAGGACGUUAGGAGAUGCGCACGAGAGUGCACAGAAGCGGACGUGGUGAGCGAAACAGAUUCUUGGGGACCAGGAGACGAAAGUGUACGCUGUAAACAGAAACGGUGGCAGCAAACCCUGAUCGUAAAUCAGAAUCUCCGGUGUUUUUGAGCAAAUGCCUCCAGUCCGCUAAUCGGAGACGGUCGUGUGCGGGUAGGUUAAACCUUCAGCUCAUUAUUUCACCAGGACGCUUCAAUGUGUGACUAUACGCUGCCCGGCUUCACACGCGACCGUGCGCUCCGAUGAUGAACCGGCAGCGGUGAUCCGUGAAUAAGACGCGUUGCCCUGGACAUCAAGUCCUCCGUGCUUUGAGAAAAUGGGUUUUUACAUUGUUGAGGGGAGGGCUUUACUGUAACUGGCGGAUCAUGGAAGGGGUACACGCUUCAGAUGCUGUGUCGGGACAUUUUUUGGAUCCUGCCAUCGGCGCCAUGCCUCCCCAGGGCGCGACCAACGCAGCAGGUAUCACCGGCGUUGCGUCCGCACUGACCCCGUCCGGAACCCGGGCGUACUUGGAUGUGUCGGCCGCUCCACAGGGCUACGGGGCCGAAGGAGUUUACACCAAUAGACGGUACAGGGAGCACGGCAACCCAAGGAUCGGGAGUGGCAGCCGUGAUAAUUCCGCCGAGAGAAGCCAGGGAGCUGGAAACACACCUUGCGGCAUCAUGAAGGAUGGUUCCAAACAGAGGCAGGCAAGGAAGAAAACUGUGUCCUUCAGUACAAUGCCGAGUGACCGCAAGAUCAACAGCACAGCUGCUUGCAUGGCCUUCAUGAUGGAGGGUUGUGAGAUGAAGAAAGUGCGCUCCAACUCACGUAUGUACAACCGAUAUUUUCUGCUGGAUCCAGACAUGCACUGGCUUCGCUGGGAGCCAUCCAAGAAGGAUUCAGAGAAGGCCAAAUUGGAGAUCAAGAGCAUUAAGGAAGUCCGUUUGGGAAAGAAAACUCCUGUUCUGCGCAGCAAUGGUCUCUCAGAUCAAUUCCCUGAUGAAUGCGCCUUCUCAAUCAUCUAUGGGGAUAACUAUGAGUCUUUAGAUUUGGUAGCAAGUACAGCAGAUGUUGUCAGCACGUGGGUGAUGGGUCUGAGGUAUCUGGUGUCUUAUGGCCGACACACAGUAAACAUGGUGGAGCCCAGCCAUCCAAGUCUACGAACAUCUUGGAUUGGUUCAGUGUUUGAGCUAGCGGAUAUGGAAAAGGAAGGACACAUAGACCUGUUCAGGGCCACCCAGAUAAUCAAGGGCCUUAAUCCUGGAAUGAAAGAGUCUAGGAUAGAGCUGAAGUUCAAGGAGCUCCAGAAAGCUAAAGACCAAUAUGGAGAGGCAAUUAACAUGGACACCUUUGUUGAAGCCUACUGUGAGCUCUGCACACGGCCAGAGAUUUUCUUCCUACUGAUGCAGUUCUCCAGUAAUAAGGAGUAUCUGGACAGCAAAGAUCUGAUGAUGUUUGUAGAGGUGGAGCAGGGUGUGGAAGGUGUAAUGGAGGACAUGUGCAGGGAUAUUGUUCAGAAAUUUGAGCCAUCUGCUGAAGGCAGGGAGAGAGGAUACCUCUCCAUUGAUGGCUUCACACACUACCUCCUCUCCUCUGAAUGCCACAUCUUUGACCCCCAGCACAAGCGUGUGUGCCAGGAUAUGACCCAGCCUCUGUCCCACUACUACAUUAACUCCUCACAUAACGCUUCCCUUCUGGAAGACCAUUUCUGGGGUUCGUCAGACAUCAGCAGCUACAUCCGAGCCCUGAGGAUGGGCUGCCGCAGCAUUGAGGUCAUUGUAUGGAAUGGUCCUGAUAAUGAACCAGUGGUUUAUGUAGGAAGUUCUGUAGCCUCGCAAUUAGCGUUUUCUAAAGUCCUGGACAUUAUAAACCAAUAUGCUUUUGAAAGCUCUGAGUAUCCCCUAAUUCUCUGCUUGGUGACCCACUGCUGCAUUCCCCAGCAGAGGGUCAUGGCACAGCACAUAAAGAAGAUUCUCGGGGACAAGCUGUAUGUUCAACCCCCCAACAAAGAAGAAAACUACCUUCCUUCCCCUGAGAAACUCAAGGGUAAACUCCUCCUCAAGGGUAAGAAGUUACCACCCAGCUGCACUGACACUGAGGGAGAUGUGACUGAUGAGGAAGAAGGUCUUGAAAUGUCCCGAAGAGUAGGAGUCGAUGAGAAGAACCAGCUAAAUGGCUUGGGCUACAGAAGACUCAGACUGUCCAGGGAGCUCUCUGAUCUUGUAUCACUCUGCAAGUCAAUCCAGUUCAGGGACUUUGAGAUUUCUAAGAGGGACCAAAAAUACUGGGAAAUUUGCUCCUUCAAUGAGGUAGAUGCAAACAGGUUUGCCAAUGAGUUCCCAGAGGAAUUUGUCUGUUAUAAUAAGCGCUUUCUCUCCAGGGUAUAUCCCACACCUAUGAGGAUUGAUGCCAGCAACAUGAACCCCCAGGACUUCUGGAAGUGUGGGUGCCAGAUUGUGGCCAUGAACUACCAAACUCCAGGCUUAAUGAUGGACCUCAACCUAGGCUGGUUCAGGCAGAAUGGCAACUGUGGGUAUGUUUUGCGGCCAGCCAUCAUGAGAGAAGAGGUGUCCUACUUCAGUGCCAAUGCUCGGGACUCCCUGCCAGGGGUGUCUGCCCAGCUUCUUCACAUUAAGGUCAUCAGUGGUCAGAAUCUGCCCAAGCCUCGUGGGUCUGCUGCUAAGGGUGAUGUGGUGGAGCCCUACAUAUAUGUGGAGAUCCACGGCAUCCCAGCGGACUGUGCUGAGCAAAGAACCAAGACUGUGUCCCAGAAUGGCGAUAACCCUAUUUUUGAUGAGAGUUUUGAAUUUCAGAUCAAUUUACCAGAACUUUCAGUGCUGCGUUUUGUAGUGCUGGAUGAUGACUACAUCGGGGACGAGUUCAUUGGCCAGUACACCAUCCCAUUUGAAUGCCUACAGCCAGGCUAUAGACAUGUCCCUCUACAGUCUCUUACAGGAGAGUUCCUACCCAAUACCACCCUGUUUGUCCAUGUGGCCAUCACCAACAGGCGGGGUGGGGGAAAGGCACAUAAGAGGGGUCUGUCUGUCAUGAAGGGUAGGAAGGCCAGGGAAUAUACCACCACCAAGAACACAGGGAUCAAAGUAGUGGACGAGCUCUUCAGAGCAUCCACCCAGCCCCUCAGGGAGGCCACAGACCUCAGAGAAAAUGUGCAGAAUGCCAUGGUGUCCUUCAAGGAGCUGUGCGGCCUUACCCCCGCAGCCAACAUGAAACAGUGUAUCCUGACAGUGUCUACGUGGCUGAUAAACAGCGAGAGGUCACUUAGGGUAACAGUGGACCUCGGCGAGACCUACCCCACCAUGGAGGCUCAAGGCCCUGUGCCUGAGCUGCUGCGAAAAGUGCUCACUGCCUAUGACGUGAUGAUUCAGACCAGCAGAACAUUGAUUGAAUCAGCUGAUGUGGUUUAUUCCAAACUCACACAAGCACAAAGGGCAGGUCUGGACUUCCAUGAGGACCUGCAUCGCAUUGGAGCAAAGGAGGGUCUGAAAGGCCGCAAACUUCAGAAGGCCAUGGAGAGUUACGCUUGGAACAUCACUGUACUCAAGGGCCAGGCAGACCUGUUGAAGCACGCUAAGAGCGAGGCACUGGACACUCUGCGUCAGAUUCACUGUGCAGCUCAAUCCUGUGGCCUCAGUAAAAACGGUGCCGCUUCCCCCCAGCUCCAGCACCAUUCUUGCCACCAGCCACAGCAGGUCCAGAUGCAGCAACAGCCUCAGACCAAGCCCCACCUGCAGCCUCCACCACUGCACCAGUCCCAGACUCAGCCCCAAUCCCAUAUCACACCUCAGGCAUACAACCAUCCCCUUCCUCAGCCUCAUCCCCAGCUACCAGCUCUCCCUCUGGUUCAAACUGUUUCAAAGCCACCAGCCUAUCUUCACCCCCCACCCUUACCUCAGCUUCAGUUUCAACUCCAGAGCCAGCAGCAGAGGGCAGAAGGACCUCUAAGCACCAUCCCUGACAAAGAGCUGGUCAGUGACGAUCCCGUGGGAUUCUGCUGACCUCCAGCCUGUGCCCACGGAGAAUCCUACCCAAAGAGAGACAGAGAGAGCGAGACAGAAACGGAGAUGCAGAAACAUAUAGAAGAAAAGCAGGAGUCCAGUAAUGAAAGGGAGACAGAGGAAGUAACGGAAAGAGUUCAAGAGAUGAUGGUGAUGAGGAAGACCCGUCGUGUUAGAAGUGAGACACAAGUCUGAGAGGAGGUUUGAGUUGGCCAGGGGGCUUAUAGAGAAAAAAGAGAGGCUGCACACUUCAGUCACACUUUUCUAAACAGGAUGGAAAACUGAAAAGCUCUUUACUUUUUUUUCCAUCUGAGUUAGAAAAUUUUGAUUUGAUUUGACUUGAUUUGAUUUAUUCUUUCAAGCAU